AACGAAAGCAAAGAAAAAAAAAAAAUCUUACCACACGGUCUACUAUAAUUAGCGACUUCUCUUUUCUUUUUAUCAUGGCUUCUAUUUUUUCCACUUAUUUCAAGGCUGGAAUGUGCAUAACAUGGGCCAGGGAGCGGCAUACGGAGUUUUUCUUUUCUGGGGUUACAACGGAUGGGAUUCACAUAUGACAACGUCGCUUCACUUUUUCUUCUUCUUUCCUUUGUCAUACCUUUUCGCUAGAGAGGCAAAUUAUUCUCUCUACUAUUCUUAUCUAUGGAGCUGGCCGGAAAACAGCGGCAGGGCUUUCGUUUUGUUACUUUAUGUUGGAUUUAUAUAUUUAAAUAGACGGGGGAAGGGAGAACUAUUCCACUCGGUCAGUGGCUCAGCAGACAAGAAAUGCCAAAACUUUUCCAUGAACUUUAUCUCCAGUUUAACGUGUUCAUUGUGAUUGUGUGUCAUGUAUAAGAUUGCAGAAGCUCAUCGAGCAUAGUACUGAGAUUCAAAUGGCAUCAUGGAGGCAUCGCCAAUUAGUCUUAUUAGGAG